AGUGCUUCGUAUCAUGGCACCCUACAGUCUGAGCCACAGCCAGCACGCAAGCCACAGCCAGAGUCCGCACGCAAGGCACCACUCCCACCACAACACCCAGGGCGCAGCAAGCAGAGGCCAGAAUCCAAGCCUGCAUCUGGUGCAGCAACAACGGGAAAAAGCAGCCCUGACGAGGACGAGACCCCCAUGAAAGAGCAUUUUGCACGCCUCGUCCAGGAGCACGACCGGCUACAGGUGAAGUAUGGCCGCCUGCGGGCUCACCUGGUGGAGCGGGAGUGUCGCAAGGAGCAGCAGCAGCCAGGCCCAAGGGGCCCCUGGCGCCCAUCCCCGAGGACGAGGCAGACUCCCUGAUGGGGAGCUGCCACCAUGCGUGCGUGACUCCCCGCUCCUGAUGGGGCUGCACCUGGAAGCCCAGAGGCUGCAACAGGAACUGCGCAGGGCACAGCGCGCAUACUGGGACCUGGUGUUGGGCAGUGACUGCGGGGACGACUCGGCCGAAGUCGUGGUGGACCUGCUGUCACAGCUCGAGAAGAGGGACACUGAGCUAUCGCGUGCUCGUGGCCGAUGCGAGCGGCUCUCCGAGGCCCUGGCCCAGAGUGAACGAGAGGUGGCUGCAUGCAGGGAUGCCUUGCACGACUACCAGCUGCAGAUGGAAGCUCAGCGGGCAACCCACGAGGCACAGCGCUCCCGCGUGCACGACUUGCAGGUGCAACUUGGUGAGGCACGGGAAGGCUGCGAGUUCCUGCAGGCGGAGCGUGCCACCUUGGCGGAGGCACAGCUCGAGUCCGAGGCCGAGAUGCGUCGCCUCCGUGGUCUCCUCGAGGCAGCCCUGGAGACGUCGCGCAUCCUCUAUCAGCGCUGUGCCAAGCUCUUUGCAAAGUGCCAGCAGAAGAGUGUGCGGCUGUCCCAGCUUGAAUCGCAGCUGGAGUGUCAGCGGCCCAUUGCCGAAGCCACGGCCAGCAGCGGCCAGGCACUGGCCCAGCUGUCGGCCAAGCUCCAAGCCUUCCUCAAGACCAGCGUGCUCUUCGCUGCUUCACACUUGCAGCUUGACUCGGAGGUGUUGGAUGAAAUCAUGGACGACCUGGAAGGUUCUGGAGACGAGCACCCACCUGCACCAGCAGUGCCACCACCAAGCAAGGACAGACUGGCACCGCUGGAUGUCUCCUUUGCUAACGGAGACUCCGAGCCAGACUCGAGUUAUGGCACGCCCGUCGACGAGCUUCCACCGAGCACCUCUGCCGAGCACAGUUCUCUCGUGCAUGCGAUCCUGCAGGCAGCCGCAGGCUCCCAACUCUUGGCACGAAGUGAAGACUUGCCCAUCAAUGGCGAGAGUGAAGUGCACGACAAAUUGGCCGAGCGAAGAAACUUGUGUGUUGUGGAGCGCACCCUGGUGGAUUGCAAUGGUGUGAGUGGGGAGGGUAGACUCGGGGGCCAGGUGCCACCUGCGGGCUCCAUAGCAGAAGAGGCGGGUCUUCAGUCUGCAAGGAGUCCCGCUGUGUCCCACACCAAUGGAUUUCGUGUAGAUGAUGGCGCAGUGAUGUUCAGGUAUGAAUACACAGCUACUCAGGGAGGCAUGAACAAGAGUUUUUUAGAUGAUGACGCAUUCGUAGGAUGCUUUUGUUUCAUACCUUGUUCUUAA